CUCUCUAACUUUCUCUCUCUAAACUCCUUUUUCCUGUUACAGGUAGGUGGGGCUGCUCAACACCCUUUUGUCAGGAUUCUCACAUUGACAGUCACCCAGUGCUGACAAACAAACAGGCUAUAAGCAAACAAUAAAUCAGCUCACACAACCACAGCACAUAGCACUAACAAGUCUCAAUCUUUUUUUCUUCAUCAAACUCUUUUUUCUCUCUACACAGUUCUCUUCAUCACCCAUAUUCAAAAAAGUUGGUUUCUUUGUGUUUUCUUUUUGGCUUUUCCAGGAUGAAGACAAUCAUGGCCAAGACCCCUCAUGACUCUUCCUUCUCAUUCUCUCGCAGAUACUUCCAUUGGAAAAAGAAGUCCAUUGAAGAUGAUGAAGACGACAUUGAAGAAAUUCUAACUUUCAGCUCCUCCUCUCAGGAGGAGCAAACAACAGUACUGAAUACUACUACUACGACUACUACCGUUUCAGUUUUGAAAUCACCCAAGAAGAAGCUCUCUGUUGUGGCUAUUUCGAAGCUCAGAUCAGCACUUACUAUUUUUAGUAAGGGCCAACGGUCACAUUUGUCCUCAUCGGCCAGAAUGGUGGGCACUCUGUUUGGGUACAGGCGUGGACAUGUCCAUUUUGCAUUUCAAGAAGAUCCCAAAUUGAAUCCGAGCUUCUUGGUCGAGCUUGCGAUGCCCACGAGCGUUCUGGUUCGAGAAAUGGCCUCUGGGCUGGUCCGGAUUGCGCUGGAGUGUGACAAAAAAACAGAGAAAAAGGGCGGGAGGCUGCUGGAUGAGCCCCUUUGGAGGACUUACUGCAAUGGCAAGAAAUGCGGGUUCGCGACGCGGCGCGAGUGCGGACCCGAGGAGUGGAAGGUGCUGAAGGCCGUGGGGCCGGUGUCAAUGGGUGCCGGCGUGCUGCCGGGAACGGGGAUCGGGAAUGGAGAUGGGUCGGAGGGGGAGCUGAUGUACAUGAGAGCCAAGUUUGAGAGAAUUGUGGGGUCCAAGGACUCUGAAGCCUUUUACAUGAUGAACCCUGAUGGGAAUGGGGGUCCUGAACUUAGCAUUUACUUGCUCAGAGUUUGAUGUUUGAGUAUCAUUUCAUCAAAAUUGGUACUUCUUGUGAGCUUGGAAAUUUAAAUGUUUUUAAGGGAUAUAUAUAUAUAUAUAUUUUAGACAUGAGAUAAUGGAGGUUUGGUUUUGGGAAUGGGGACUAGUAUGGGGUUUAACUUUUGUACUGUGGGUUACAAAUGUUUAGGUAGAGAUGGGUGGUGGGGUAUAUCGAUCUAUAUGUACAGGCUCUCUUUUAUCUCUUUCUUUCUCCUUGAAAUGAAAACAACAGAACCUUGCACUGCAGUUUUCAUGUGUUUACAUGUGACCUUGUGCAUGUUCAACUUCAACCAUUAAAAUUUCAUGUUUUUAUUUUUAUUGAAUCACUCUUUUUAUCAAGUCUAACAACUUCCAAUGGAAUUUUUUUCCUUCACUCCAUUUUUUUGGGAAAUUUCUUCUUUUCACUUUAUUCUCUUUUUUCUUUUACUUUUUACUUUCACUUUCUUUCCUUAUACCCAAAGGAAGUUUUUCACUUUUUUGGAAAUUUUAUGU